CCAAAACGCCUCAUCCCAUCGGCCUAUACUUUGCGCACAGCCUUGAGCAACCGGCACCACUCUGAGACAGUCGCGUUGACAACGGUUCACAGCUGACGCUGCAAACGAUCCGUGCUCAGCGAGAGCACAUCCUCCCUAAUUGCUCCUCGCCGCAGACGCCCGCGGCACGUCGCCACGACGGCUGACACGAGCAUGGCGGCGCGCAUCCGCACGGCCGGCAGCGGCGAGGUCCAACCCAUCGCGGGGUCCGCAGCCCGUGUUGAAAUUUUCGCGCGCCGCCGCGGACGUUCCGCCGCCUUUUCCUUUCGAUGAGACACUGACGCACACAGGCGCGGCAAGGACGUCGAGGCCCAGGCGCCCGCCCAAGCCCCUCCAUCUUUAUUUGGUAUAGAGUUGCGGUACCUCGUCUGCGGCAUGCUCGUCUUGCAAAACACGGGCGCGGUUUUACUGAUGAGGUAUACGCGGUCCAUGCCCGGCGAGACGGAGUACAUGACGCAGACGGCCGUGAUCAUGCAGGAGGUGAUCAAGGGGCUGACCUGCAUUUUAUUGCUGCUGAAGGGCGAGGGGACGCUAUCGUCGGCCUGGGCCAAACCGGGGGAAGCCCUCAAGACCUCGGUGCCGGCUUUGCUGUAUUUGGUCCAGAACAACCUGCAGUACGUCGCUGUUGGUUAUCUAGACGCUGCGACGUACACGGUGUCCUACCAGAGCAAGAUCAUUUGGAGCGGGAUGCUCUCCGUACUCCUCCUAGGAAGGCGAUUGGGACCGCACAAGUGGCUCGGCAUUACGUUAUUAGCGGGCGGCGUCGCGGCCGUGCAAAUCGCCGGCAGCAAACAAGCGGCACAAUCGGGAGAAGAAGACACAGCGGGAAAAGCAGUAGGGUUGGUAGCCAUCAUCCUCGCCGCCAUGGUCUCCGCAUUGGCAGGUGUCUACUUCGAGAAGAUCCUCAAGGGCGCAAAAGUGGGAUUGUGGACGCGCAAUUUGCAGUUAGCCUUCUACAGCGUUCUAGUAGGGUACGGCAAGCUCGCGUCGUCGCCGCAGGGCGAGGCGUUGAGGGCGGGACGCACAAGUUUCUUCUACGGCUACACGCGCAUGACCUGGUGCUGCGUGGCCAUGAACGCCUUCGGCGGCUUACUGGUCGGCACGGUAAUCAAGUACGCCGACGCGGUCAUGAAGGACGUCGCGCUGGGCUCGUCGAUCGUCUGCAGCUCUCUCGCGUCGACGGUGCUCUUCGACUUCGAGCUGAACGCGGCCUUCGCGGCGGGCAUCGCGGCCGUGAUCUACUCCGUCUUCCUCUACGGCCAGCGGGCGCACUGCUGCGGGGCGCUGACGCCGCCGGAGAAUUGAAGUAAGGGUCUUAGUAUAUCGUUUGGUGGUCUACGGCUUUGCUUAGAGCCUAGCCCCGAGCCACCGCGUCGACGGCGUGAGGGUGGGUGCUCGGGGCGCGCGUCUCCGCUUGUUUGCUGUCCGUAGCGUGCCGGUUCUUGGGGCCUAGUUGGGCGCGCGCCAUCUCACACACGUUGCUCAUUCGUGAGGCGCGUGCCUACUCCUCACGAGUCGACUCCCCGACGCCGGCGCCGCGAGACGGCGAGGAGAACUCGUACAUUAACGGUUUUAGUUCCGGAUGUGGCGCCAUACGCACGGGGAGGAUAAGGUAUGAUGAUGUCUGGUUCCAUUUGUCCAACACAACAAU